AUGGACAUGAACUUCGGCUUCUGCAACGACGCCUUCUUCGAGCAGGGCAACAGAUCGACGGACAAGGAAGACAUAGAGGAGCUGAAAAAAGGAGAGUCGAACGAAAUAACCAAAAAAGGCAACAACGAAUUGGGGGAGGAAAAAGAGCUGCCCAAAGAGUUAUGCGUCCCAGUUACCAUCAAAUUGUUACUAAGCAAAAUGAUGAGUCAUGAAGAAUUUAAAAUUCACGAUUUUCAAAUCAGCGGCAUUAUAGUCUUCGGGAAAGUCUGCAGGAUUAAGGAGUUGGCCAGCGCCAUCAUUUUUGAGAUCUGUGACUACACUGGAAAUAUUGAGGCGAAAUAUAAUAAGGACGCGAAAAAUGAAAAAGUGAAAGACCAUAUAGAAGGCAUCAAAGUUAACGACCACAUUAAAGUCGUAGGGGUGGUUUACUCCCCCGAGAGUAAAACAGAACAAAUACAAAUAAGCAUAUCGUAUAUUAACAAGGUGGAAGAUUGGGUCUCUUAUUUUUCCUACUUCACCUCUGAUGUGAUCUAUUGCUAUUUGAAGCUUUUAAAAUUAAAAAAUAUUUAUACCCCCAAUGGGGUUAAUAAUGAGGAUAAGCCCUGGUCCCACGUAACUCUAGACACCUACUAUAACCAGCUGGACGACAUCGAUACGGACAUUAUAAAGUACCUACACACCACAAGUGAGAAAUAUGCCAAUCAGCAGGACAUCUUCGAACACCUCAAAAAGUAUCACUCGGAAAUGAACAUAAAGAAGUCUCUCACGAAGCUUAUUGAGCAGUACGAUUUGGCUCAGUACGAGGAUAUCAUAAGUAUACCCUGAGUUAUUUCUUAGGGGUGAUGUAGUGGACUUUGUUCCACCCCCCCUUGGCGAGAGGGGCACCCACACCACCGGUUGUUAUGCAAACCCUUCAUGAGGAACUUACGUGAUGGAGAGGGGUAACCUUUUUACCCAUCAAAGAAUCAACCACCCCCCGUGUGUGCACUCCAUGCACCUUUUUUUUUCCCGCACGCACAUUCGUCAAAAUGCGAAGCGCCCUCUUCAGAGGGAGACAGGUGCAAACAUCUGCCCAACUGAAACUCGGAGUUGGAAAUUUUUUUUUUUUUUUGAGUGCUCCACGGGAUUGCCCCAAUGUGGGACGCUUCUCCAAGCGCGCUCCUAUGGGUUGAUGUGAAAAAUGGAAAAGUAUGCCCCCCUCGCCACACUCUCUAGGGAGUACCAAACAUUUGUGUCUGUCUCUUUUCUUACAUUUUGAAGUGUUAACCCCAGAAAUGCGCGACCUGCAUUUUGCGCAAAAAUGAAGUAAA